AUGCAGCCCAUAAUCCUCUACUCCCACCCCUACGGUCCAAACCCCUGGAAGGUAGCCAUCAUCCUGGAAGAGCUAAACCUCCCCUACGAAACCCUCUUCGUCAGCUUCCAAGACGUUAAAAAAGAACCCUUCAUCAAACUAAACCCCAACGGCCGUCUCCCCGCCAUCGAAGACCCCAACAAAAACAUAACACUCUGGGAAUCCGGCGCGAUCGUGGAAUACCUCGUCGAUAACUACGAUACCGAGAACGAGCUCAGCUACACUGACUUCGCUACCAAAUAUGAAACCAAGGCAUGGCUGCAUUUCCAAGUUUCUGGUCAAGGCCCGUACUACGGACAGGCUGGGUGGUUCAACCGUGCCCAUCCGGAACGUCUGCCCAGUGUUAUUGAGCGGUAUGGGAAUGAGAUGCGGCGUGUGACUGGGGUUUUGGAUUCCGUUUUGAAGAAUAGAGAGUGGUUGGUUGGGGAUAAGUGCACUUAUGUUGAUUUAUGUUUCAUGCCCUGGCAACGAUGGGUGUCGAAGUAUGCGACGGAUGCGGAGAACGUGGAUAGGGAUUUUCCUCAUGCUGCAGCGUGGUUCAAGAAGUUGAGUGAGAGGCCUUCUGUUAAGAAGGUUUUUGCGGAUCAGGAUCGGGCGAUUGAGGAGUCGAUCAAGAAUCAGACUGGUUUGUAA